AUGAAGUUGGCCAAAGUUUUAAGUCGACAAUAUCAGCCAGGCUGUGACGGUAAGAAAGCGGAUUAGCGAAAUCUUUCAUCGGAGGGUAGUAUUUGUCCGAUGAAUACUUGCGAUUUCGACCUCCGGUGGCGCGAAUGUACAAAUCUCCUGUCACCGAGAUAGUCUCUUAGUGGUGUUUGCCAAGGACUUGGCUUGGUCGACUGUACGAAUCGGGAUUUCCUGGGAUUUCAACAAAUUGUUGCGUCGAACUCGCCUCGCCCGGUUCCUGUCCACUUUAACGACCAACGUUGCACGUCGAAUUUAUUGCCCCUGUGCGCGAGAUAUUUUUAAUGGGGCCUCCGAUAUCACAACGACAAACUUUUCAUUUAAAGGAGGUAAAGUAGUCUUGUUUUGUUAUAUUGUAACGAAACCAUUCCAAACUAAAUCACAUUUAACGUCCAAUCAGAUUACAGUCGUCAACAAUGAUUUCAAAAAUUCAGCUAUUUAUUUUAUUUUGUUGCUUGAAACGAUCUACACAAUCUUUAUCGACGCUCCAUACAAGGAAUAA